AGGAUCCUCAGACUGAGAUCAUGAACUGACACCAUGGCAGCCAGUGAGCUAGCUGUAGGAGUGAUCUUCUUGUCUCUGACUGUGAUUGGAGUUCUGGGAAAUUUCUCUCUUCUCUACCAUUAUCUGUUUCUUUACCGAAUAGGGUACAAGUUAAGGUCCACAGACUGGAUUCUAAUGCACUUGAUGGUGGCCAACAUCUUCAAUAUAUUGUGUAAAGGAAUGCCCCAGACAAUGUCAGCUUUUGGUUCAAAGGACUUCCUAAAUGAUAUUGGAUGCAAAUUGGUUUUCUCCUUUCACAGAGUGGGUAGGGGUGUGGGUGUUGGCAGUACCUCCUUCCUCAGUGUCUUUCAGGCCAUUGGGAUUGGCCUCAGGGACUCCAGGUGUUCAGACCUUAAAGUCAAAACACACAAGUGCAUUUGUUACUCUGUGUACCUGAGCUGGCUACUUCAUUUCCUUAUAAGCAGUGUCAAUCUAGUGCACAUGAGAGCAAAACAUGGCAACGAAAGCACAACAAACCUCAAAUCCUUCCUAUACUGUUAUUGGGUCCGUCAUGACAAAACCAGAGACAUAUUGUAUGCAAUAUUGCUGUCAGCUCCUGACAUUCUUUUUCUGGGGCUCAUGCUAUGGGCCAGCAGCUAUAUGGUUCUCACACUGUAUAGGCACAAGCAGAUGAUGAAACAAAUGCCCAGGAUUAAUGCGUCUUCAAGAUCAUCCCAUGAGUCCAGAGCCACCAAAACGAUCCUUCUCCUGGUUAGUACAUUUGUUUCUUUUUAUACAUUUUCCUCCCUCUGUCAACUCUUUGGUACUCUAGUAUACAAGCCCAGCUGGUCUCUGGUGAAUGUCACUGCAAUGGCCUCCCUGUUUUUCCCGACUGUUUGUCCCUUUCUGCUCUUGAGUCGUGACUCUCGGGUGUCCAGCUUCUGUUUGUCCUUAAAAAGCAAUAAACAUUUCCCCAAUGUCUCUGACCAACAGCUGAACUGA